GUUUACUGAUCCAUCUCGCAGAAGAUGGUAUAAAGAUGUAAAAAUGCGUUUCUCAUCCUCAUCAUCUGCCCUUUUCCUCUCGACGCUUAUUUCCUCCGCCGCCGCCAUCAUCACAGGCGUCACCGCACCCUCAACCGUCUACGCCUACAAUCCCUUCACCGUCACCCUCACCACCGCCAAUUAUAUACAAUCUGUCUACGAUGUUGCCGUAGCAUUUGGUGUUGCGCCAGGAGCUGGCUUCCCCGAUUCUCUGGGCAAUGUCAUGUCAUCCGCCUUUCUUGGUCCUUCCAAGUCCAACAUAUUGACUCCGAUCGCAUUUGAUGUCACACUCCCGGCAGGCACAGGGAAUGGAGAGCAUAUGCUCACGGCUGCUGUUUAUAGUUUGUUUGGUGCAGGCUAUGCACCAACUGUGACACAGUUUAACACCACGGUCAUUGUCGCUGGGUUCUAGAGCAUUCAAGGUCUAGCGUGAAGGCAUAUGACCAAAGAGAAGACUGAAAAAUUUGUCAGAUUAGCAUUACGUCGGAGUUUAACAUGGUUUUGGGAG